AUGAAGAGACGGGGCGGCCUGGCACCGUGCGAGCUCGUGCCAUCGGCCUCUGCCUGCGACGAGACCAUCGCCACCACCGGCGCGGGGGUGGUGACGGGCCGCAGCCGCGCAUACAUUCCAUACGAGGCGGACUCCAACUGCGACUUCAGCGGCGCCUCGGAGCAGUUGCCGCUCGCGCUGGCCAUCGAUGGCACCGGACACGACAAAGGCAGCGAUGCCGCCAAGCACAGCGAGAACGGGAGGGCUAUAUUGAAGGAGGUGGAAGCCUGCAUCCGUGAGUGCCUGGACGACGUUCAACUGCCCCAGCAACUCGCCGACAAGGUGUUGGCUCUUUUGAAGGCGCUGGAAGCUUCAGACGAUUCAAGGAUACAUCAUAUCAGCUGCACGCUGAGUGUGGCGAUUAAGGUUGAGGCCAGAAUGAAGGCAUACGCACUCACCUUCCACUGGGGCGACAACGUCAUCUUCAUCGCCAACCCGAAGCGGGGCACGCUGGCCCUCAUCAAUCCACCGCUCAACUCUGACUACGGCAUUGGGGCCACGCACUCGGUGUCGUCGCGUAAGCAGGGCGAGUCACUGCUUCCCCACAGCCUCUGCGUGCGCGAGCUCGAGGCCGACGACCACAUCGUGUGCCUUACGGACGGCGUGUGGGACCACUUUGUCUUGUCGUCGGCCGAUGCCGCCGGUGCGAAGAAGAAGCAGGGGCCGCCCGAGCUUGAUGAGACCGCGCUCCUCGCCGUCUUCGAAGCUGAUGAAGGGGAGGAACGUAAUUCGAACGACGACGCGGUGGAGUCGAUCGUCGGCCGACUUUUCGAGGAGGCACGCAAUCGGGCACGAGCCAAGAUGGAGGCGAAGGAGAUGCGCGAGGCCGAGCUGGACGACAUGUCCGCGUUCAUCAUCCCGCCCUCCACCCCAGCCCUCGUCCUGCCCAACGCCGCCGCUUCGCACCAUAACAACAAAAGCGACAAGAAGAGCUGUACCCUCUCUUGA